AAGAUCUCCAAGCGCUUAGACUUCAUCAGAUACUUCGUUAUCAGUGCGCUAGCGGACUCAUCUUUGCAAUACUCUAAAGAAGAUUUGACAUCACCGCAAGACUUGAUUUUAUUUUUCAGACGAUUUCUCUGCUCGGAGAAUAUUCAUAUUUGACAUGACGAUCUCUCCAUAUAUAAAAAGCCCACUGCGCUCUGUACAAAACAUGCAGAAGGGUAAGGACAGGACUGUGACGUUCGCCUCGUCUAUCAAAGCACAUGACAACCAGAAUAACAUCACGAGAACGGAGAAGACUUCCCAUAGUUUCAGGCUCGUCCUCCUGGGCGAAGACGGUGUCGGAAAAUCUGCUAUUUCGGUUCGCUUUCUGUGUGGACGAUAUCUGCAUGAAUACGACCCGACAUUAGAAAGUUGCCAUGAGAAACUUGAGAUGAUCGAUGGAAGGUCAACGAAGAUCGAGCUCUACGAUACAGCCAAUCAGGCACCUCUGAUUGACUACCUGGCAGGGGCCGACGCCAUUCUCUACGUCUACUCCAUCACAGAUCGAUCAAGUUUCGAAAAGGCUCAGCAACUGCACUCCCAACUCUUCCUCCGCGGCAAGGCCCAUAUACCAGUCAUGCUUGUGGGUAACAAGAGAGAAAUGGAGAGGGGGCGGUGUGUCAGCUUCAAGGAAGGGUACACUCUCGCUCGGGACUCCGGUUGGACCUUCCGCGAGGUAUCCGCUGCAACCGACACGGGCAAGCUCAAGGACAGCGUCCUGGAGUUCAUCCGUGAUACGCAAGUAGAGAUGAAGAAAGUUAAGACGAGUAGGAAAGGACGAUACUUCAGACGAGCCGUGUCUGCUCUUUCUGGACACCACAGUAAUAACAACUCCGCCACGAACAACACCUCCAAAAAUACGGACACAUUAUCACCUCUUCCAGAAUGGUCUCUCAAUUUACUACACAUGGGUGCCCUCAGUCCUAAGAUGUACCAAAGACGAAUGACAUGUCCGAGCAUUUGAUGGACCAACAGCUCUAACAUAGACUUGACUAUUCUAUAGUGCCAGAAGGAACGUUGCAAUAUUAAUGACUGCUGUCUCGACAGAAACCUGACUGAUGCGACAGGUACAUAAUGUGCUUAUACAAUGUGGUUUAUGACAGCCUUCUUCUAUUAACUGAUGGUUUUAUAACUGUGAAGAAUGGUUGAAUGUUAAGAUAUGAAUAUAUAUGACGGGUGCCUUUACUCCAUUGGCGUUCAAAGUGAUGAACGUUAUGUUUAAUGGUUAUUUUGUAAAUAAUAGAUAUUUAACGUGUGCAAUUCAUUUGCACUAUAACUUAUAUUUGCUUUGAAAUAGAAAAUAAUGUGAUGUAAACGACACGAUUUUUUAUUAAAUCUAAGAUUUUUUUUAAAUCGGAUAAUAAUCAAUCAUGAACGACCUUUUUAAAAUGAGAUUUUGAAAAUAACGAUCCCCGACAGUGAAAUGCAAUGAUAUUAUCACAGGUAAAUACGACAAAUCUCAUUUUAAGAGAAGUAUUUUCAUGACCCGGUAUUUCAUCUAAGUAUUACAAUAAAUGAGAUGUAAAGCGAGGUUAUUAACUAUAUUGUGUAAGAUGACCAGACUUUGUUUUGUGUAGGAUAAUGACCGGACAUCAAUAGCUUUGAUGUCUAUACCUAAUGUCCAUAUUAACCCUCGGUGACUGUUUACGAAGUCAAUUGAAGAAGAAAAAAGAAAACAGUUUCUUUUCGUGAUGUUUGUCCCCCCCCCCCCCCCCACUUUUAUAAGGACGUCCUUAAAAUGACCUCACACAUUCAACUGCCAACAAAUGUAUUGUAAACAAAUAGUAGGUCCGAUUGUAUUUUUCGUCCAUCGUUCGUACUCCAAGCACGCAUAUAAAUUGAAUUUGUUUGUUUAUUUGUCGCACAAUUGUUGCAAAUGUUUUACAUAAAAUAUUUGUAUUGUCCACGAAUUGAAUGUCAUUAAGAAUAAGUAAGAGAUACUUUUGAGUAAAACAAACUAUUUCUCAAAUCAUUUUUUAUCACUGAGUACUUAAACAAAAUCUAAAAUCAUUACCUUAUAGGAACAGGGAUAUUGCUUUUACAUUGCUCUUAGAAAUAAUUGAUAUAGACUAUCAAUUUUCCUAAGUGUUAUCUAUAAGCUAUUGGUAAUCGAAAUUACUUGUGAUAUUCACAAUUUAUUGCAUUACCUAUAGAUUGUGUUAAUCAAAACAUACCAUCUCGCCUAAAUCAGUGUAUUCAUGGAAAAAUAUCUGAUACAAAGACAAUUUUCUUUUAUACAUAUGUCUUGUGAUUUAUGUCAAAUGCCAUCGUCUUCCCAUUUCGAUACUUUCAGCGAAGGAAAGUAGAAAUAAACAUCUCCUUUCGAUUCCUAGUA